AUGGCAACGUUGAAUACUGCUUCACCUGUCCAAAUUCAAAUUCAAAAUAUAUUCGGUGUUCGAUCACAACUUGAUUCAAGUCUAUUCUUUUGUGAUGAACAUACAAUUAUCUAUCCGGCAGGAAAUCAAUUUGUUCUUGCAAAUGUUGAAACAAAAAUUCAACGUAUUUUUCGAUGCAACGAAUUAGAACAUAUCGACUGGAUUCUGGUACAUACGAAUGCUGCUGUUGUUGCAGUCGUUGCUAGUGGCAUGAAUGCAGAUAAACAAAAUACAACGAUAUCUUUCUAUGAUUUACAUUCAAAUAUCGGAAAGAGAAAGCGAAUGUUUGAAUUAAGUGAUACAGCAAUAACAAUAACAUCGAUGGCGUUCUCACACGAUGCUAAACAUCUAGCUAUACUUGAAUGUGGAAAUCGUGAAUAUACUCUCUCGUUAUGGCUUUGGCAAAAAUCACGCAUUGCAGCAACACUUAAAUUAGGUCCAGCUGAAGGCGUAACAAUAUUAUCACAAGUCUUAUUUCAUCCAAAUGAUAAUAAUCUAUUGUCAAUAGUAGGAAAACGAUAUUGUCGUUCUAUUCGACAUCUCGACGGAAAUUUGAGAAUUCAAUCAUCAUCAGCAAAGCUUGAUCAAUAUGAUUUUAUCUCACAUGCAUGGUAUGAUUCCAGUCGUUUUAUAGCUGGUACAAAUAAUGGAUAUAUCUGUAUUCUAUUCAAUGGUGAUGUUCAAACAGAAAUCGAUAUUAUUGAAACACGAGAAAAACUACUAGCAACAAUUCCACGUACUACAUCAAUAAGUUCAUCGUUGGUCAGAACUUCUACUAUGCGAGCAUCAUCUAAUCAACAGGAACAUGCGGAUACAUCACGUUUUACCGGAGAAGACGUAACAUCGAUUGUCAUUGUUAACAAAGGUUUUUUUUGUCUUGUUGGUGGAAAACGGUUGUGUCUUUUUACGAAAAUUGCUGAUAGCUGGGAUUUUGCUAAGACUCGUGAAUAUAUUAUACCAACGAAUGAUAUGAAUCCAGGUCGUUCAACAGUUAGUUUUUCAUCUGGCUCACAGGAUUCAAACGAAAAGCAACAAUUGCAAGCCAACCAUUUAAUGUGGAAAGUUGUUGUUAGUCCACGAGAGGAACAUGUCUUAAUCUUAAGUAGUAGACAACAAAUUUAUUCUGUAUCAGAUAUGACAAAAGAUCAAACAGUUGAAUCAAAAGAUCCAUUUCAGUUAGAAUUAAUUUUUAAUUCUUUUCAUCACUUAUCAAUACGCGGCUUAGAUAUAGCCGUACAGAAGCCAUUAUUUAUUUCAUCAGGUGAUGAUCAUACGGUUCGACUUUGGAAUUAUGAAACAAGCGUCAUUGAACAGAUGAGAUUGUACAGCGAACCUGUUUAUGGAAUAUCGAUACAUCCAAGUGGACAUCAACUCGUUGUUGCAUUUGCUUCGAAAGUUUCUCUUCUCAAUGUAUUAAUUGAUGGAUUUGCAACUGUUAAAGAAUAUCCUAUACAUGCAGCGCAUGAAGUUAAAUUUAGUAAUGGCGGUCAGUUCUUUGCCGUUAUUGAUGCAAAUAUAAUUCAAAUAAUUUCGCCGGUUUACCUUAAAGUUAUUCAUAGAAUUAAUCAUGGACAAACUGUUAGAAAGAUUUUAUGGAAAAAAAAUGAUCUUGCGCUUUAUUCACAAUCGACAAAUUAUUUUGUUAUAUGGAAUUUAGAAAAUCAAAAGAAAAUCUAUGAAUUGAAACCAUCGUAUCGUCUCGAAGGAGGUUUCGUUCCUGAUCGAGAAGAUAGAAAUAUAUAUUUAGCUUGCGAUGAUGGAUUUAUACGUACUUUCUGCAAUGGACAAAUAAUCAAUGAAGCGAAAUUACCACAAGAUGAUAAAGCAAAUUGUUUGGAAAUUUUUCCAAGUAAUGGAGCAAUAAUAUGUGGUACACAUCGUGGCUCAAUUUAUGUUUUGAAAACUCCAUUGUCAGGUGCAUCAACUCCAAUCUUUCAUUAUUUAGCUCACUCAGCAAAAAUUACACAGAUCGCUGUUGCAUUUCAUGAAGCAUUGAUUAUUAGCUGUUGCGAAGAUGGUAUUUUAAUAUUAUGGGAAACGCAAAUAAAGUCAGCAAUAAAACCUGAAGAUUGGACACCCGUAGUACUUCAUAAUAAACAAAGAUUUAUUCGUUUGUCACAAGUGAUUGAAGCACUGCAAGUUGAAGAACUAGAGCUUAAACGUAAUCAAGAAUAUCAGUUAAAAAAACUUGAAACAACAUAUUUGGCUGAUUUACAACGUCGCACAGAUAUGUCUGUAACCGAAAGAAAACAUCAUGAAGAUCAUAUUGAACGUCAAUUAAUUGAAAAAGAAAAGUCACAAAGAGAUUUUGACUUAAAAUUAGUUGAUUUACGAGAAAAAUUUGCCAAUGAAAGACAACGCAUUGAGGAUGAUGAUCGAGAAAAUCUUAGUCGUGAAUUACAAAAAGAAGGUGAACUAAUUCGUUUAUCACAAAAAAUGAUGGAAGACAAUGAAGCUCGUCUUAAAGCAACAAUUGAAGCAAGGGAAAAUGAAAUGCGUGAUACCGCUGAAUACUUUACUGGGAAAAUUCGAGAAACUGAACAUGAAUUAGUAGCUCUACGCAGAAAAAAUCGUCAAACCCUUGAACGAAAUGAAAUUGAAAAGAAAAAUCUUGAAGUUGAUAUUGACGAUGAACAUUUAAAAGUUCAACUCGAAUUCGAAGAUGAAAAAAGAAAUUUUUCGGAAGCUAAUGAUAAACUGAAAAUAGAAUUCAAAGACACAUUUGAAUAUCAGGCUCACAAUUUACAUGUUAGACAAACUGAACAAGAAACUGCAACUCAAACAUUGAAGAAGCGUAUUAAUGACAAUGUUCUUCGUGUUCAAGGCAUGAACGAAGAAAUUGGUUCAUUAAAAAAUGAAUUAAAUGAACGAAAACAAACAAUAAAUGAAAAACAAGAGCGCAUUAGUGAUCUCGAAUUGAAAAAUCAAGAACUUGAAAAAUUUCAAUAUGUACUUAGGUAUAAAAUCGAUGAAUUAACACGUUUAAUUCAACCGCGUGAACAAGAAAUUGAACGCAUGAAAAAUCAAUUACUUGAGAUGGCUAGUGAACGAGAGAAAAAAGAAAAUGAAUUAAGUCGAAAUCGUUUUGUUAAUGGCGGACAAAAACAAAGAUUACAUGCCGUAGAAGCGCAAGUUGACCGAGAACGUCAAAAGCGAAAAGAAUAUGAUAAUGCAAUACGACGUAUAAAAAAUGAUAUAUCAUUACAUUUUGCUGAUGUUAGUGAUCCACAGCGUGUUCAAAAUGCGGUUGCUGCUCUAUUCGAAAAGCACGUGCAAAAUGAUAAUGCAAAAAGUAUCUAUAACACAACUGAGGUAAGUGCUGCUCUGUCCGAAGAAGUCUUAGCACAAGAUCGUCAACGAUUAUUUCUUGAACGAACAACAUCAGAUUUAAAACGAAAGUUGAAUAGAGAUUUACAUACAACACAAGCAAAUCAAAUGAGAGUCCUAAAUGAAAACUCUCUUCUACUACAAGAAUUAAAUAGUUUACGUCAAGAAUUAAAAAUUGUUCGUAGUAAAAUACAAGACUAUGAAGUUGCAAGAACAACAUUCGAUGAACGGGGUGUACACAGCAUUGAUGCUCUAAUACAAACACUCAAUGCCGACGCAGGUAACUAUGCUGUUCGACAUCGCGAUAAUGAACUAGUAAAAGAAGUACAAAAGAAUCAACAAGAAAUUCUUCGUCUUCGAAAAUUUUUGGCUCGCUCACAGGCUGGCUUAAGUCCACCACCUCUCAAUACAAAUCUCAACGAUGAAACAGAAAACAUUUCUAUACUCAAACUUGUUUGA